AUGGCGGAACAAUUUGACUCCACAGCAACACCAAAUCCAUAUUCCACCAAAGCUAUGAAGACCUUUCACCGUGAUAAAAUGAGUAGCAACAUCCGAGACUUUGACAAGGACUGCAACGCAAGCACACACCCACAUGAUGUGCUGAACAAACAAGAAUCCAAACAGUUGUUUGAUAACUUGUGGACUACAAGCAGAACAACAACUUGCCAAUCCUCUAUUGGGGAUAACUAUGGGAUGCUGGAAAUAUGUUGUCCGCCCACGACAGGAACAACUUCCCUUAAGAAAUUGGACAAAAUUGUACAAGAAGAUCAAACAAAUGCUCCAUGA